CAGAUUGUUGAAAUACCAAGUAGUGACAGCUGACAAUAUUUAUAGAUCAAAUCUAAAAUUGCAUUUGAAAUUUUCCCUUUCUUCGGGAAUUAACGAAUUAUCUCAAGUCAUAGUCAGCAAAAAACAAUUACCUUUAUUUGAACUAAUAAUGGCCAAAAAAGGCGUGGUUGCUUUUGUUAAAGAUUUUUAUUACGACCCUUUUAAAUGGUCAUUAGUAAAAAGCGUCGGAUUUUUCACAGUAGGCGUUGUUAUCGCAAGCGAGUGUACGGGCCUCGAGAUCAUGCCCGCUAUGCCACAUUAAAUUUUUUUUUAUUAUUAUUAUUUUAAAUAAAGAACAAUGUUACAAUAUUUAUUUUUAAUAUUUCUUGUGAACAACGCUGUGGCUGAACUAAAACAACCAAACUUUGUUCUCAUAUUGACCGACGAUCAAGAUGUAGUUUUAGGUGGAAUGGAUCCGAUGACGAAUGUUCAACGAUUUAUCGGGAAAGAAGGCAUAACAUUCACUAACUCCUAUGUGACGUCACCGAUAUGCUGUCCAAGUCGAGCCAGUUUGCUGACAGGCAUGUACGUUCACAACCACAAGACCGUGAACAAUAGUCUUCACGGCGGAUGCUAUGGAGAGAACUGGAAAUAUCACGAGAAACAGACGUUCGCUACUAUACUUCAGGAAGCCGGAUAUGACACGUUCUAUGCGGGGAAAUAUUUGAAUCAGUAUGGUACUAAAGAAGCCGGUGGCCCAGAGGUGGUACCCCCGGGCUGGACAGAAUGGCGCGGCUUGGUCGGGAAUUCAGUUUACUACAACUAUACUUUGUCCAACAACGGUGUGCCGACGUUUUCGACUAAUAGCUACUUAACCGAUGUGAUACGUGAACUGGGAGUCAGCUACAUAGAGAAUCAGACGGAAUCGAAGCCCUUUCUGAUGGUGCUCGCUCCCCCCGCCCCGCACCAGCCCUUCACCCCCGCCCCUCGACACAAAGACGCGUUCAAUAACGUGACAGUCGUAAAGAGUCCCAAUUUCAAUAUCAUCGCCGAGGAUAAGCAUUGGCUGCUCCGCAUGCCUCCGUCGCCAUUGCCUGACGCGAUGCUUCCCGAGCUCGACCAAGUAUACAGGACCCGAUGGGAAACUCUGCUCUCGGUCGAUGAGAUGGUCGCCGACAUCAUAGGCGCUUUGGAAACUCAAGCGCUCCUGGAUAACACAUACGUAGUGUUCACUUCUGAUAACGGUUACCAUAUCGGUCAAAACUCUCAAGUUUACGACAAACGUCAACCUUACGAAACUGACAUCAAAGUUCCUUUACUAAUAAAAGGGCCAGGACUGAAAAAGAACGUGGAAAACCGACAGCCGGUGUUAAAUAUUGAUUUGGCGCCGACUAUAAUCAAACUGGCCGGCUUGGACAUACCGAACAACGUGGACGGAAGGCCCAUCGAUGUUCACAACGAGGACAUAGGCGAGAGGAACAUGCUAAUUGAAUACUACGGCGAAGGCAAGGACGGAUCUGUGGAUAAAGAAUGUCCUUGGAAGUAUGAUAGCGGUAAUCUCGCUCAAUGCUAUCCUCAGUACAGUUGCAAGUGUCAAGACGCCAAAAACAAUACAUACGCCUGUAUCAGACACAUCGCGGAGCGAAUCGACAAGAAAUAUUGCCUCUUCGCUGACAAUGAGAACUUCAGUGAAAUGUACAACAUAGCAGACGAUCCUUACGAAUUGGAGAACAUUGUGAAUCACGUGUUUCCGGCGGUGAAGUACUGGUACAGAGAGAUUCUAACGCGGAUGCUGACCUGCUCCGGAGCUCACAAUUGUGAUCACCCAUUGGAACCACUAAUUAAUAUAUUUUAGUUUAACCCCAACUUAAUUUUCUAUCGAUAACCACAAUUCCAGAGUUAAUGUGGGUAGUAGUAAAAUUUGUUAAUUAUGAAGAU